AAAUAUACCAAAAUCUAACGGCCUCGGAAACAAGCUCUGAGGUUGAAAUAAAUUGUCCUGAGCCACCGUUUCCAUAAAUACAAGGCAAAACACAUGACAGAGUCUGGUAAAAGGACAAAUGUUCGAAUGUAGACACGUAAAAAGAUUACCUUAGCCAUUGAAGUAAAAUUUUCCAAAGGCCUAUAAAAAGCAAAGGUCUUUGGUCAGGUUGAGUCUCUCUUUGUGAUCAGAACAACGUCUCAGUCGCUUAGAUCUUUAUUUCUCUCUUACUCACCAAAAGAAAACAGAAAACCCCAGAAUCGAAUCAGAAGUGGAAUACACAGGAAAUUUGGGGUUUAGUCACUCUCACUCCUUUCUUUCAAACUCCCCCCCCCCCCCCUCGCCAACAAAGAAAACCUCUCUUUAGUUCCUUCCAGUUGAGGGUGGAGGAAAUUUCAAAGCCAAAAGAGAGAAAAAACAAAUAGAGUAAUACUGUUUGAUGCAACUGUAGUGUUGCUAUAAAGUAUAAAAAUAGUGUUGAAUAGGAGCGAAAAGGGCCUUUAGUUCAACAGCUACGAAGACCAUUGAAUCGGGAGGUAAUUAGAAGAAGGGAGACAAAGAGAUUCGAAGCUGGAGAUUUGAGGCAAUUAUUUCAGGAGGCAUUUAAAGUUCUCCCUGACGAUUCUUGAAAUGGAGAAUUCUUGAACUCUUAUUCAAUAUAUCCAACUCAGCCCUCCUAGCCUCUCUGGCUUUUCCCUUUUUAUCUAGUUAUAAUACUAAUACUAUAUCGGAGUCUGUUUUUCCAUUCUUGAGGAGGGAAAAAAAGGUGAUAGAUCAACUCAAGCAAAGGACAGUCUUUGAAUCCCACUCAUUUUGGGGUCAUUGACAGAUCUCUGGUUGAUUUUCUUCAAUCUUUUACACGAAAGAGACAACUCAGAACAAGAUCUACCAGGAUUUAGACGUUCCCUUUAGAGAAAAACGAAGACAAUGUUGCCUCAGAAGCAAGCAGAAGAAGCAAUUGUCUCCAACUUAAGCGAGACGGAGCAUGAAACCAGAGAAGAAGCAAAAGAAGAAGAACAACAGUCAAUGUUUAGUGUUAAGAGCCUCCUCUGGCAUGGUGGCUCUGCUUGGGAUGCCUGGUUCAGCUGUGCGUCCAAUCAAGUGGCGCAAGUGCUGUUGACACUGCCCUAUUCCUUUUCUCAACUGGGUAUGCUGUCAGGAAUUCUGCUUCAGGUAUUCUAUGGACUGAUUGGAAGUUGGACUGCAUAUCUCAUCAGUGUGCUCUAUAUAGAGUAUAGAAGCAGGAAGGAGAAGGAGAAUGUCAGCUUCAAGAACCAUGUCAUCCAGUGGUUUGAAGUGCUUGAUGGGCUGCUGGGUCCAUACUGGAAGGCAGUUGGACUUGCCUUCAACUGUACUUUCCUCUUAUUCGGAUCUGUCAUUCAACUUAUAGCUUGUGCAAGUAAUAUUUACUACAUCAAUGAUAAAUUGGACAAGAGGACAUGGACCUAUAUUUUUGGAGCUUGCUGCGCAACCACAGUUUUCAUACCCUCCUUUCACAACUACCGUAUUUGGUCUUUUCUAGGCCUUGGGAUGACCACUUAUACGGCCUGGUACUUGGCCAUAGCUGCCCUUGCUCACGGCCAGGUUGAUGGCGUGACGCACAGCGGUCCAACAAAGCUAGUGCUCUACUUCACCGGAGCCACCAACAUUCUCUACACCUUUGGCGGACAUGCUGUGACUGUGGAAAUCAUGCAUGCAAUGUGGAAGCCUCAAAAAUUCAAGUACAUAUACUUGUUGGCCACAUUGUACGUUUUUACCCUAACCAUUCCAUCGGCUUCUGCUGUCUACUGGGCAUUCGGGGACCAGCUCCUCAACCAUUCCAAUGCCUUCUCUCUCAUCCCCAAGUCCGGUUUCCGUGACGCCGCCGUCAUCUUAAUGCUUAUUCACCAGUUUAUAACAUUUGGGUUUGCUUGUACUCCGUUGUAUUUCGUGUGGGAGAAAGUGAUUGGGAUGCAUGACACAAGAAGCAUUUGUUUGAGGGCGCUGGCAAGGCUGCCAGUAGUGAUUCCAAUCUGGUUCCUGGCGAUUAUCUUCCCAUUCUUUGGGCCCAUAAACUCUGCAGUUGGUGCUCUUUUGGUUAGCUUCACCGUCUACAUCAUCCCAGCUUUAGCCCAUAUGCUCACCUACAGAAAAGCCUCUGCUCGACAGAAUGCUGUAGAAAAGCCUCCAUUCUUCAUGCCAAGCUGGACUGCAAUGUAUGCAUUCAACGCCUUUAUUGUGGUGUGGGUUCUGGUGGUUGGAUUUGGGUUCGGUGGAUGGGCUAGCAUGACCAACUUCGUCAAGCAAAUUGACACUUUCGGAUUAUUUACUAAGUGCUAUCAGUGCAAGCCACCUACACCAGCAGGAGCAGCACCUGCACAGCACCACUGAGCUGACUCAUGAUCAACCAAAUUCAACCCCACAAAAAAAGGAAACAAAACCCAGAAAAUGAAUUCCCUUUUUUUCCCCAUAACUUGUAUCAUACAUGGGGAUAAAGCAACAUCUCCCCUACAUUUGAUAAUGUGCUGGAAUUUGCCUUUUCUUUUUUCUAUUUGUUUCUCCCCCCCUUAAAGCAGUUGAAAAUUAAAAUAGUGUGUUGAAUUGUGAUGAUUCCUUUGCUAUCAAAGCAUAUGCAUAAUUAAACCAGACAAUAGUAUAUGUUUAGCUUUCCCCCUCCUUUCUUAUCCUUCUUUUGUUGGGAUAAUAUAAAAAUUUUUCUGUUCUUAAACACUUUUGUAAUAGCUUUGUGCAAUGAAAAUUAUUACUACUAUCAUGUUU